GAGCAGGGACGAGCGAGGAGCGAGGAGGACGGCUCACAGAGUGCCAGAGCGCACACACAGACGGGAAUCAUGGAGAAAAGAUCAGCGCUCAGGAGGAUUUUGCCACAUAACGGACUGCGACUUUUAACAACACUUCUCGUCUUUUACGGACUUACCUCAGGUGUAAGCAGUAACCAGGUGGUUGUUCCUGAGAAAGUGAACGCAGUGCUGGGGAAGAACAUCACACUGAGCUGCAGGAUAGAGAUGGGCUCCAAUCUCAAUCUCACACAGAGCUCCUGGGAACGUCGCCUUCCUUCAGGCACCAUUACCUUGGCAGUGUUCAACCCCGAGUUUGGAACCUCCAUUUCUCAAGACUACAUCAAGCGCGUCUCGUUUGUUUCCCCCUCUAUACGGGACGCCACCAUCACCAUCGAAGGAGCUAGCUUUGCAGAUAUCGGGUCCUACACUUGCAAAGUUGCAACGUUUCCUCUGGGCAACACACAAGCAUCAACCUAUGUUAAUGUACUAGUGGAGCCAAAAGUCUACGUGUCCGCCGGCCCCACAGCUCUGCUGGAUGGAGGCAACGAGUCACUGGUGGCCACCUGCAUAGCAGAGCGUGGCCGUCCUGCUGCUGAGGUUUUCUGGGAGACGGAGCUGUAUGGAAGAAGUGAGAGGCUAAGUCACGAUGAGCUCAACGGCACCACCACCGUACACGUGCGCUACAUGUGGCAACCGCAGAGCUACGCCCAGGGGAAGACGCUCACCUGUGUGGUGCGCCACCCGGCCCUGCAAACGGAAUUCCGCAUACCCUAUACACUAAAUGUUCAGUUUGCACCAAUGGUAUCAAUAAUCGGAAUCGACAAAAAUUGGUAUGUGGGUCAGGAGAAUGUGAGGUUCACCUGUGGCGCCAAAGCCAACCCACCUGCCCGUCGCUUCACAUGGACCAGGUUGGAUGGAUCGAUGCCCGAGGGUGUUGAGAUAUCAAACAAUAGCUUUGCUUUCAAUCGGCCGUUGGAUCGCAAUGACUCUGGAGUGUACCGCUGUGAAGUGCUAAACGAUAUCGGUCUCCGCAGUCAAGAUGUAAACCUCUGGGUACAAGAUCCUCCCCCCACCACGGCAGCCCCCAGCACCACCGCAUCUCUCCUCCAUGACACCUCCGGAACCGGCACUGCUGUCGACCAGCGGAGAGCCCUGUUCACCUCCCCGACCCUGGCCUCCUUACCUGACAGCAGCCUGGGCACAAUUGUCGGAGGGGCUGUAGGUGGAGUGUUAUUCCUGAUUCUCUUGCUGAUCCUUGGCGGCGCCUGCUUCAUGCGACAGCGCCGGACCUUCAGAGGAGACUACUACACCAAACAGUACCUGGGACCCUCCGACAUGCAGAAGGAAUCUCAGCUGGACGUGCUGCAGCCGCAUGAGCUACAGGAAGUCUACGGGGACAAGACGAGCAAAGGCAGCCAGGAGUUGAAACCCAAACUGGGUGGAGACAUCAUUUACCCGGACUACACCCCUGACCACAAGGAUAGGGAUGACUGGGCCGACAGGGGGGAUGGCCACAGGGGUCACAAGGAGGGAAACUACUACCCAGAUCACUACAACACCCAAAACAUGCACCCCUGCGGGCCUCCUGUGCACAGCCCCAUAGUGAACAACGGCUCCCCCUAUCUCCCGGAUGACUGCUAUGACAAUGGCACAGACAGCGACUAUGUGUCCCACAUGGACGGAUCUGUGAUCUCACGCAGGGAGUGGUACGUUUGAGGAAACGAGUGAAGGAAAAAAAACGGACAAAUGACUGACUGAGACUGAUUUCACACGUGGCAGAUAUAAAUAUCAUUAAAGGUGUCAUUUCAGUUAAAGGAUGAGUACAACUUCUCCACUCAGUUUCACAAUGAGCUCUUUGAACAAUACUGCUCUGCCUUGAUUGUAACCACUUAACCUUAAGGACGUGUAUGUGGAUUGUAUUACACAUUUGUAGCAUUUCAAGGAGCUACAAAUAAGCUGGAACAGUGAUACUAUCUGUGUGGGCUUAAGAGGCUUUGGCAUACAGUGACGUUUCGACUGAUGUGAAUGAGGUUUUCUAUUCUGCUUGUUUGUGUUUGCACCUGUCUUUAACACAGGUCACAGGGCAGGUGUUGAAACCCUUGUUAGUGAAGUAUUUAUAUCCCCGACUGACUGAGCUCUGCUCCCGUAAAACCUCGCAACUUCUGUGGCAUUUUCAAAACGGUCCCAUGAUUGCUUACGGCGUUUUCAUACCGAUGAGAUGUUUAUCAUGGCUGCAACCAGUAUUUAAGGCAAAUUAUAAUGCAUGCUUUCUUAAAAAAACAAGAUGUAUCAUCAAGUUAAAGGGAAGGUUCACUAAGCACUCAUGAUUAAAGGGAGAAUUGCAUUGUUUUGAGGGAAAAGCUAACUGACAUUACAAAGAAAACCCCCGGUAAACCUUUAGUUAAGUUCUUCAGUGGCUUUAAAAAACUCUCAGUAUCUUAUGUAAAUUAUUCAUGAAAUGGUAACCCUGAAAGCUGAGACAGAGUGGCCACUCCCUGUGGAAGUAUUUUUACUUUCAGCUCCAAUUCAGCUUAUUUAUUUUAAAGAUAUCUACACUCUUAAAGUUGUAAUCCUUAAGAUUUCUUUCCUGGUUGAUUGGUGACACCCGUGGUUACAGUUGUAAGAGGAAGUGUGAUAUAAUACUGCAGCAAACACACAAAAGAAGCAACUUGUGUAUCUGUUUACAGUGCAGCCAGACAAACUGAUGCUUUAACAAAGAUGUCAAUCAGUAAUACUUGCAGCUGAUGUGCAUCUUGUCACCUGCAGAUGCGUGGCUGUUCCUUUUUGUUCACUUACUUGCUUGUGUAAAGUAAGAAUGAGUCACUAACCAAAAAAAAGCCAGGAAUGUCUGGUCAACUGAUGAGCUGGUGAGCUCAGCUCUAACCACAGUGACAAAUACUUAAUGUUUCCCCGUUGGUGCUUUCACAAUAAAAGCCACCUGGUGUCUUGCCAGCUGAAUACUUUUAAUGUGAAACAGCAGCAGUUGAAAACAGCAGUAACUUAUUGCAGCUCUGACUCAGUGUAAGAAGAAUGCGACACAGAGACUGAUAACAAUAACAUAAAACUGUAAAAACUGUACACAUUGUUUCCUCUGAAUCCAUCUUGUUUAGGAUGGCAGCCUAGUGUGGGAACGGGACUCUGCCACUACCAGUAAUAACUACAUAUUGCUUCAAAUUUGACAACACAAACACACUAAAUAUAUUUAUAUAUAAUAUAAUUUAUAUUAUAGUUUCCUUGGUAGCUGACAGGAAGUAAACAGGAACCAAAGCUGUUGCCCUAGCAACGAAACAGCAAUGAAACAGUAGAGAUAUAAUUACUGCUGAAAAAUUACCAAUAUAAAAAGUAUUACACAUCAGGUUUGAUUUAAUGAAAGUCUCAAGGAUCAGAACUUAAACCAAAUGCACUGUUAUCAUUACUGAAAUGUGUUAAUACAGUCACUUUCUUGCAGUGAAAAAGCACAACUCCAUUAUUACAGUUGUCAGUGAACAUCAAAGGAGGCCUACCAGGCUUCAGCCCCUUCCACUUAGCCAUGAUAACAGGCUGCCUCGCUGUCUGUCUCAUUUUCCCUCCUCUGUAUCCUCUGAUUUCUGUCUGCACACAAACACCAAUUGGUCAUUAUAGUUUUUAUUUUAAACAUGGGAUCAAAGCAAUGAGAUAUAAAUACCAGAUGCGACUAUCACAGCUGUCAUCAUCCGACAUUAUGCGGCUCCAUAAACCACCAACAGUUUCACUGCUCCCGCUCGACACUCCAGGGUCGUGAUUCACGAUGGUGAAAGCAAAAUACUUGUUGAAAAAAAAAAAAAGAAAAGGGGGGGGGUGUCAGAGAGCUCAGAAAAAGGAGCACUAAUAAAGUGAUCCUUCAGCUUUAGUUUGUACGCGUUUGAAGUAUGAUUGCGCGAAUACCUCACAGCACAGUUGGAAACAUUGUGAGCGGCUGACAUCACUACUGAUCACAGAACAGGCUAUAAUGUUGGGGUUUGGCUCCUCCGGAGCUCCUCUGAGGAUCUACAGCGAUCAUGGAAACUAGAAAUUUAAUCCAUGAGUGAAAAAAUUGGUUUAAGAACCAUCUAGGUUAGAGCUGUCUGUACAAUGGCUCCCAAAAGGAUAUGUAUCUUUUUUUCUUUUCCUACAAACAACAAACCCAGUGACACUUAUUCAAAACAAAAGAGUUGACAUCAUGAAUGAUCUCAUCUCUCACGGCUUGAUUUGACCUUACACUUUUCCACUUAGUGCUCCCCCUUUUUUUUGUUUCCUCAGGAUUGAUACAUGGAUCAAAGUGGCCUCACAUGAAAGGGAAAACAUAACCCUUUUUGGAAAGAUCCCUGUUUAGUCAAUCAGGGUGUUUGUUGCUCGAAGACGGAGCCAUGUAUGUGUGUUACAGUCAGGUCAGCACGAGGGGUGGGGGUACACUUUGAGGUCUCUUUCUUUCUUAUUGGGGUUUUAUAGAUUGUGGGUGCGUUUUUGUUUUUUUUUUUUAACCCUUCUCCACCCUGCUUUUCCCAUGCCAAGACUUUGGUCGAAAGGUUUAGAUGUCUGAAAAUAAUCUCGCUCUCACUCUCAUCGUCGCACACACACGCACCCAGCCGCCACACAUCUGCCACUGCAGCCCACAUUGGAGGAGCAGUCCUCACCUCAAACCUUCAGCUUUUUAAUUAACUUUCCUUUUUUUUUUUUUCCUCAUCGCACUUGGCAAUGAAAGUGCUCAAAGUUGCUGAUAUAUAGCACAUCUGUGUCUGCAUGCACACAUUUUUUUUAAUUUUUUUUUUUACAUAUAUACAAGGCUGAUUUGUAGCUGCCAACUUGUUUCUUAUUAGUCACUCCAUGCAAACUGCUGUCUCUGCUCUAAAACUGAUCUCUCAGUCUCUGUUUCAUCUCUAAAGGACUGAGCUGAAGUGAUGAAUGUUUUUGUAAAGUUCUUUUGGAUCGCUCACCAACUGGUUGCAUGUAAAUUAAGUUAUUCGCUUCCUACAACUUUCCUUAUUUCUCAUCACUAAUGUUUAUAUACAUGUACAUAAUGCUAAUAGGUUAGCAUAGGAUUAGCUGUUCUCUCAGUUUGAUUUUUUAUGCUCAUGUACAGUUUGUUCUGGACUCCCCUACUGAAUAGUUGGUGCCUUAGACGGGCUGAGCAAUGCACAGAAACUUUGAAAAAUGACAAGCGUUAAUAUAAAGGAUAUUAAUAUCGUUAAAGAGGAGGACUGACUGGUCCCUUAAUAUGUCUUCCAUCUUGAUAUUUAACAUUUGCUGUUAUCAAAAGGUCGGAGUAGACAAAAGGUUGAUUGUCAUGCCUUAUUCACUUUGAGAGGACACAUGUAACAAGUUAGUUACUGAGAAAAUUGUAAUAAGUAAAGUUUCACUGGGAAUUUAGGCAAGCCAGAUUCAUAGAAAAUAUUGUUGUCCUGUAAAUAUGCUGGCUGUUUUUUUUUUUAUUAUUAUUGAAAAAAAAAAUCUUAUUUUUUUUGUAUGAGGUCUGUAAUUUUCACAGAGUAUUACUUUAUCUUACGUGCGUUCGAGGAGCUCUCGUCUCAUGAUAACGUCGAGGGCGAGCCUGUUUUCACUGCAUUUUAUAUUUGUUCACGAGAGUUUCAGACCCAUUAUUUUGUAUGUUGUUGUUUGAAUGAUUGAUGUCUCACAGGAAUCAGAGAUGAAAGUGUGGUAGAUUGUAUUUUGUUCCUUUGUUUGCAAUAAAAGACCAUGAUUAUUGCACUCGUA